CAACAAAAUGUGAGCAUGGUCACGGACAAGGUGCGUCCAAAAGUCAUGGAUGGGUCGAUCAAAGCUUGUUUUAUCCUUCCAAGGCACACAAAACAACUGCGACAGUCUGCGUCAGUGGCAGUCCAUGGACUUUUAGAUAAGCUUGCCAAUGUCACGCUGAUUCCGGAGACUGAGUCCUACUGUAUCUCUUAAGGAGUGUUCUUGGGUUGUCUUACUUGCUGUAUUAAGAUGGGCUCUAGACCAGGUGAAACGCCAGCCCUGGAGUCUGGUUUUACAGCAGGUCUUCUGGGUGGGACAUCAUCGCCCAUUGCAAUGGGUCGUCGCAUUUUCAACUAUGAUGAGGCACUUGAGGCACCUAUGCACUCACCACCCUCAGACUUUACUGACGGAAUCUUCUGGAAAAACCCCAUCAUUCCAGAGAGGAAGUUCAAACAUUUGGAAGAGGAUAAUGAAUCAAGGAAGUCUUCAGCACAAACAGGCAUUUUUGGUGCUCCUGCUGUGAGGCCAUCCAUCCCAGUGACAAAGGCCAAAGCUACAACUGUUAUGAGCUCCCUCAUGAUAAAACUCACUCAGGAGAACAUCCAGAGAUUUGAACAACAGGCAGGUUUGACUGAUUCAGGCUACAAGCCUCACAAAGGGCUCUCUGCCGAAGACACCCACUUUUGCCGCAAAGGAGAAAAUUUACCAAAGUUGAAGAUGCCUGCUGGGGACUUCAAGGAGGACAGGCUUACAACAUCAGCACAAUCCACCCCUUGUGGCACCCCAUCCUGUACCCCUUCUGUUACCCCCUCAGUCACACCUAGUGUCAGCCCUUACUCCUCCCCAAAAGUCAAUCGCAGGAGCUGGUUUGGCCUGAGUCCUGCAUUGUCUACACCCUCAGCAGAAGCUAGCAGCAGCAUCAGCACCAGCAGCAGUGAUAUGGGCGGGAACGAGGGCUCAGGCGGCGGAGAAAGAUGGAGCUUUUUUGGCUCCUCGCGCCCCGUUGUGCAGAAGUCCUCUACUGACCCAGGAUCAGACUCCACCUCAUCUGGUGGCUUCACCCUCCAGUCCUAUUUUGGGGUUCAGAAGUCCAGCACACUGGAAGAGAUGAAGACCCAGGUCAGUCUGAGGGUGGAUGACCCCACCAGCUUCAACCCCCCCAAGAUAGAGAUCACAGAUAUUGAAGGCAAAAAGGCACUGCCUCGUCCACACAAACUCAAACCCCGGGACAUGAACAUCCUUACGCCGUCUGGCUUCUGACACUAGCAAACAUACACACAAAAAAAUCAGUCCUUACGAACCAAACUAUGUAACACUCAAUAAUUUAAUGGCCUGCAAUGUUAAACAUUUAGCCCUGGUCUCCAUCUUUCACAACCCCGCCUGUUGUAGGUAGCCGGUCUACCCUUGUUAGCCUCCCUUUCCCACGUGUCACUUGAUUAAAAGACUGAAAAGACAAAUGCACUCUCUUGCACCAACUUCUCCGCUCCCUUCUCUCCCCUUCUUUUGUAUGUGCAGGCUAUUUCACACAUCAGUGCCAAAUAUGUCUUGAAUGAAUAUGGCCAUAAUUUCCAGGUCCGAUUAAAGCAAGGUAAUGGGGUCCAUCCCAGUUCCCAAGGCUGAGUCUAACAGGGUAUCUUUCUUGUGUUUUUGUUUAUCCCCUUUUGCCAAACAUUUCAGCAGUGGUGACAUGAGUCUUUGGGUGGUUUGAGAAUUGUCCUUCCCACAUAACCCCUCUUGUUUCACUAGAGUAGCAAGUCCUUGCAUUGUUCCAGUCAAUAUGUGAAUUUCCACUUACAGCAAGUCGCAUAAUUCUUUUUACAGAACUCUGUUUUCUUGAUAGUUAUCUAGUGAUUUCACUCAGAGUUGUUUGGUGAAUUCCUCUUUUGCCAUGGUGUUGAAGUUGCGCUGAACUUUAACAUGGUGCCUAAGCAAACACUUUUCUUUUUCUGAUGCAAUGCUUUAUUUAAAUAUGAAGUAUAAUUUGUUUGACAGGAGUAGUAUUAUUGCUCCAGCGGCUUUGCUAACCUGGAUUAAAGAAUAUAUUAAUCUUGCACACGUCAUAUUUUUCUGCAUUAAAGUUGUAAGACUUCACCUGGUGAUUUUGUCAAAUAUUAGUAUGCAAGGUGGAAAAAAAUCCAUUGUAAGGGUUGGAAGCACAGCAGAAGAAGUGGUUUGUUUCCCUCUUUUUAUACAGCAUUAUUCUUGAAUGAUACAUUUGUCUUUUGCAAUGUGUAUAUUUUUUAUCAUCCUUGAUUUCAGAAAUGUACUGGGGGCAACAUGUUGCUUCCAAGGCAACUCCAGUGUAAAUAAAACAACCAUAUCCUGUG